CCUCCCUCCCUCCCUCCUUCUCUCCCUGCCUUCCUCGUCACCGAUUCGAGCCAUCUAUAAAUCCCCUUUUCUGGCAUAGCCCCACCGUGGGAGAGGGAGGAAGCCCCCGUGCUUGUGGCGCCCGGGACCAGAAGAGCAGCAGCUGCCGCCUCGCCGCCACCAGCGUCGGGGAAAAGCCGCCCGCACGUGGUCCCUGCCCGCUCGCCCGCCACCCACCCGCCCCAGCGCCCGCCCGGCGUCUCUCCGGCUCUCCUGCCCUGUCUCCCCCCUUGUCUUUCGCCGCUUCCCGCUCGCCGCCGCCGCUCCAGGAUGUCGGAGAAGUCCGCCGAGGAGGCUCCGGUGGAGCUGGGCGCCAAGGACCUGAAAGAGAAGAAGGAGAAGCAUGAGGAGAAAUCUGCUCGUAAGGAGAAGAAGGAGAUUAUAGAGGACGAUGAAAAUGGUGCUGAGGAAGAGGAAGAUGAUGAAGAUGCAAAUCCUGAAGAUGUAGACGAUGAAGAUGAGGAUGAUGAAGAUGAUGAGAAUGAUCAGGAGCCAGAUUCACAUGCAGUAAAACGAUCCGCAGAUAAGAAGCAGGAGGAGGAUGAAGUGGAUCCAAAGCGAAAGAAGACAGAAAAUGGUUCCUCUGCUUGAAACGCCCCUGCCGGUGUCCACAUCCUCUUCUUUACUGUCCGUCUGCCCCUUCUCCCUCACUUCACUCCUCCCACCUGCGCUGGUACCUCUUUUAAGGCCCACAGUCCCAAAGGGGGGAGGAGGCACUCAGUUUGCUCUCCAACAGGGAGGGAGGGAGGGAGUGAAGGGAACUCUACUCUUGCCCCAGGCCCUGUCCCACAUUACAGUGCUCCCUACAGUUUUAACCUCCACCUCGUUGCUGAUCCGCCCUCCGCCUCCCCUUCCAGCAUCUUGUUCCCCACAAAUGUUCACUUUGCAAGCACCCGCUCACGACUGCUGCCUAACUGAGAUCCUCACUUGCUUUCAUUUUGACACUUCUUCUGCGGGGAAAAAAAACACCCCUUGCUCCCUGCCCUCCAUCAACCACAUCCCCCUUUCUCUACUUCCUUCGGUCCCUUACAAAGUUCCACAAACUUGUGGGACGUGUGUGGUGCUGGGGUCGGGGGGAUCGAAUGGCAGGGCAUCUUGGCAGUGAUCCAUUGAUCUUCUCUGCCUGGUUCCCUUUCCAUGGCUGGGAAAAGGCAAAAGAGAGAGAAAAAAAACGCAACAACAAAGAAAUGUGUGGGUUUUAAAAAAAACAACGACGAAACAUGCAUAGCAACAAAGAUUUUAAUUAUUAAUACAUUUUUGUACAAAUUUACACAGCAAGGCAGCAAGCUGUAUCUGGUGAUUUGUUUUUUUUUCUUCCAGAGGCAAUGCUUGUUUUAUAAUGUGUAAAAUCAUAUGUGAUUCAGUGGUUUGUUAUUUUUUUUUUCCUUCCUCAUUUUGGGUCUUUGAAAAAUGAAUUAGGGACCAAAUUUUUAGUUCUCCGUCGUUCCCUUCCGGUUCUUCUGUUCCUUUUUUUUCUUUGUAAAUUAAAGCAGAACCAUCUGCAGUAUUUUCUAUGGCACAGACAUUAUGAGGAUGAGAAAUAUAAAUAUAUAUAUUGUUUAGCACUGUAAAUAAAAACCUUUCAAAAAGA